AUGAGUAAUAAUAAAACUGAAUAUUGUAAUAGUUGCGUGUUUAAAGUUUCGUUUAAUCAACAACAUUCUGAACAAAAAUUUAUUAGUAUUUUACAAGGUAAAAGAUGUAUUCGAUGUAAACAUCAGAAACCUGAAAAUGAAUAUAAAGUCGAGAAUAAAAGAUGUAAUAGAUGUUUAGAAAAUAAAAAAAAAAAAUACCAAGAGAAGAAAGAGAGUGAAUGUAAAAAUUUGAAACAAUGUGAUUAUUGUUAUGAAAUGAAAAAUAAUUUUGAAGAAAAUAAAUAUUGGCAAAAAGAAUUUAUUAUUGAAAGAUAUAGACAUAAUGAAAAAAGGGAAUUAUAUGAAGUGAGGGUUGAAAUUGAAGAAGAGUUAAAUAAAAAUGGUUUAAAAGAUUUUAAAGAUAUAGAUAAAUUGAUAAAAAAACGAAAUGAUCUUGUUAAAUUACAUGAGCUAGUAAAGAAACGAAAUGAAUUACGAGAGAUUGUUGAAACAUAUGGUUAA